GAAAAAUAAGAAAUAGAAAACAAAACCAUUUUUUUCCCUCGCUAAUAAACUCUACACUCACUGAGUCUGGUUAACCUCAUUCUAGGGUUAUCUGCCCCAAAUCUUCAAACACUUCUGUUUUGAUUUUCUUUCUGAUGUUUUAUUUUCCCGAAUCCUCGCCACAAGUUUGAUCAAUUCAUCGAGAAAAAAUUAUUGUUGUUCAUGGCGGGAGGAAGCAAAGGUGGUGGGCCCGGGCCCGAAUUGGGCGCGGCGUCGAAGCCCGCAUCUUCAUUCGAGUCGGACGGCGGCCGACUUCGAUUCACGGUGGAGCUGCGGUCAGAAGAAACAACAAUUGUCUCGUGGAAGAAGCUUGUCAGGGAGGCCAAUUUGAGCAAUUCCGGUAGACCCGACCCGUCGGUUUCGGAACCCGAAAUUCUGCCUCGACCCGUGUCCGUGCCGCCCCUCCCUCCUGUGGGUGGUGCUUUCGUAGAGCCUUCUGCUGAGAAAGAACAGAAGGAUCCUCAAGGGCAGGCUGGGUCGACCCGUUUGAAUACCGUGAUUGAGAGAAUCGAGAGAAUGUACGCGGGAAAUGGGAGUAGUGAUGAUGAAGACGUUAUGCUAGACAAUGUGCCGGAUGAUGAUGAAUAUGAUACUGAUGAUUCCUUCAUCGAUGAUGUUGAAUUGGAUGACUAUUUCCAAGUUGAUAAUUCUGCAGUCAAGCAUCAUGGAUUUUUUGUUAACCGUGGGAAGUUGGAGCGUGUAGAUGCAGCUGAGAUUUAUGAAAUGUGCUGGUUUCCUGCGUAUUACUACAACUCGAUUGAUUUCACUUUUGGAAAACCUUCUGUUCAUGACAAGCUGUCUGAACCUACCAUUUCCUCUAACCAGCAGCCAAAAAAGAGGAGACACAAAGAUUUGGCAAAAGGACAAAAUGAGAGUGAUGAUGGUCGUAACCCAAAUAAAACUGCAAAAUUAGUGAAUAAAGGUAAAAAAGCAUCGUCAGUGUUACAAACAAUCUCAACCAACCAGCCUCGCAUAGCUGGUAUGCCCAGCAUACCUGGUGAGGAUAUGCAAUUUCAGGCUGCACCUGUAGAUGCUGCUGAAUUUUCAAUAAAGAAGAAAUCUUCAGAUUCACAUGCUACAGAAGAUUCUUUAGGAUUUUUGGAUGUUGGUGCUAUUAGGCAGAGUGUGGAUAUUGAUGAGCAAAUGCUUGAAAAUGUCUCAUUAAAGAAACAUAGUACGAAACUGAAAGAUACUGAACCUCAUGAUGCUGCGGCCUAUAGGCCAAAUGAUAAAAGCUCCUAUUCAAGCAAAACCCAUAAUGGGAAACAAUCUAGUAAUGUUGAUGAUCUAGAUCGGCCGAUUCAGCAGAAAGUAAAAGGCGGGCUUGUAGGUAAAUUUGACCUUAACGCCCCUCCAAACAGGGAUACUGUGCCAACUACGAAGGUUACCCCCAUGCCAAGAAAGCAAGGAUCUAGUGUUCGGCCAAAGGCUACAAAGCUUGAGAAGGCCAUUAGGGAGUUGGAAAAGAUAGUUGCAGAAUCUAGACCACCUUCCACAGAAGUCCAGGAUCCUGAUAAUUCUUCGCCAGCAGUCAAAAAGAGAGUGCCAUCUGAAAUAAGGCAAAAGCUGUUGAGAGUUGCUACAUUAGCGCAAACCAGCUAUGGAGAAAUACCAGUGGAUGUGAUCAAUCGUCUGAUGAGCAUUGUUGGCCACUUGAUGCAACUUAGAACUCUAAAGGUUGCUGUGCCUGUUUUAAGUGAUGGCCAGUGUUUGUAUGUUUUCGCUGAUGUUUCACGGUAUGUUUCUUGUGUAGUUCUUGGAUUUUCGAUGCAUUUGCCAACUCUUGACACUUUCUUCUCCAUCUUUUCUGGAUCUCUUUCUAGAAAUCUAAGAAUCAUGGCUAAUAUGGGAUUAUCUGCUAAACAAGAGAAGGAUGGCCAAAUAGAGAAGAUAAAACAAGAGGUUGCCAAAAUGGUUGAGCAGCGGAUUCCAUAUAUGAUAUCAAAAGCUGAGCAGCUAGCUGCAAAUUUAGAUGAUUUCCAAGAAGCAGGUUCAGAAGAGAAAGAAGUCUUGAAACGCAAAUACAGCAUGGAUGAUGUUCUAGGCAACAAGAUUUGUGAUUUAUAUGACCUUUGUGUGGAGAGAAUAGAUGAGGGUUCAGGUCCAUCGAUAAGAAGGCUAUAUCAAGAGCUUGUGGUAUUGUGGCCUAGUGGAUUAAUGGAUACUGAUGGAAUCAAACGUGCUAUAUACAGAGCAAAAAAGAAGAGGCGCCUGUGCAGCCCGCCUAAGAAUCGGGAAAAACUCACGAACAAAAAGGUGUUGCCUCCAAAACCGAAGGACGAGCGUUCUCCUUUGACCAAGAAACCCGUUUUCAGUGCUCGUAAACCUGUUGCCUUAGCACACGGCCCAAAAGUCGACAAACGGAAGGAAGAAAUGGCGAAAGCAAGUACCAAUGGAAAUCCUGUAAAUGCAGUGGCAUCAAAUUCAGUGCCGAAAAAGAAAAUGAAAAAGAAGCCAAAUCCGGAGGCUUUGGAUGCUCAGGUUCGUCUUGAGAAGCUGGCGUUGUCAAUAACGGACGAGCGUCCUAAACUCUAAAAUUUGUACAUAGAUUUUGAGUAGCUCCAAAUGUAUUUUUCAUUUUCAAGUACGCAUAUAAAUUGAUGGGUUAGAAUAUGUUUUUAUUUGUAGUGAAAAAAUACGAGUUAUCGGACGCGACACUUGCCCUUGUCAUAGGUUACAUAAAUGUAGAUUAUUUACCUGUCAUCUCUGGUAUCCAAUUUUGAAAAAAAAUUGUCUGAC